AGUGUCCCGGGCUUCCCUGCCGCUGCCUAAUUUCCUCCUCUUCCACCCCAGGCUCCGCAAGUCCGAACGAUCCCGAUGGAGUCGAUGCUGGCAGCGCUUGCCGCGAGCAGUGGAGGAACGGUCGCUGCCGCAGCCGUUGGCGGGCUGGCCGCUGCCGCCGCGCUCGCUGUGCAGGCCGGCGUCGGCGGGAUGGGCCCCAAGGACCGCACCAACGCGCCCCCAGUUGUUCCUGGUUUGCCGCUUAUUGGAAAUCUGCACCAACUGAAGGAAAAGAAACCUCACAAGACCUUCUCAAAAUGGUCUGAUACUUAUGGGCCGAUAUACACUAUUAAGACCGGGUCUUCGUCAGUAGUUGUGCUCAACACAAGGGAGGUAGCUAAGGAGGCAAUGGUUGCGAAAUACUCAUCCAUAUCUACUCGAAAGCUACCUAAAUCUUUAGACGUGUUGGGUCGUCGUGAUAAAGCGAUGGUUGCUAUGAGUGACUAUGGCGACUUCUAUAAAAAGAUGAAGCAUUUAGUUAUGGCGGGCAUGUUGGGUUCUUCUACUCAGAGACAAUUUCGGGAGACAAGAGACCUGAUGAUGGAUAACAUGCUGAGCAGUUUUCGUACAUUGGUGACUGACAACCCGAAUUAUUCCCCUCUGAACUUCAGAGAUGUUUUCAAGGACGAGUUGUUCCGCCUCUCCUUGGUCGAGGUUAGUCUACAAAAUUUAUGA